AUGACGGACUCUUUCCUGAUUCGUUUCGAGCCGACUGGGGAAUCUUUCGAUGUGCCUUAUCAACAACAGACUACCAUUCGUGAUCUCAUCGAAUACGUAUGCAAAAGUGCAGCAACAUCAAAUGCAAACUCUGAUGACUACUGUCUGACGAUUGACAACAACAAAGAACUAGAAGAUAAUCAGACUGUGUAUGGAGCGCGCCUUAAUGAACACAAUCGAUUCGUCUUUUUAGAAAUAUGGUUAAAAGACAAUUUUGACUUUAAAAAAUAUGCUGAGACUAAAGUACUUCUUAAACAAUGGAUGUCAUCGAUACCAGAAACAGAAAUGCUUACCACUCGAACCACAAUGAACAUUGGUAAAAAGCAAGAGAUUACUACAGAAUCAAAAUUUAACAGAUGGAAACAAAGUGCCGUCACUGUGGUUGGCGGAAAUGGAAAAGGACAAGAAUUAAAUCAACUGAAUCAUCCUUUUGGAAUUUUUAUUAAUAAGAAGAACAAUAUUUUCAUCGCUGAUUGUUGGAAUCAUCGCAUUAUUGAAUGGAAAUAUGAUACUAAAGAAGGACAAAUCAUUGCUGGUGGAAAUGGCAAAGGAACUCGAAUGGAUCAGUUGAAUCAUCCAACAGAUGUGAUUGUUGAUCAACAAAAUCAUUCGAUCAUCAUUGCUGAUCAUGUUAACAGACGAGUGAUUCAAUGGGUUAAUCAAACGCAACAAAUUCUUAUUGAGAAUAUUGAUUGUGCUCGCUUAGCAACAGAUAAACAUGGAUUUUUGUAUGUUUCUGAUUACAAGAAGAAUGAAGUGAGACGAUGGAAAAUGGGAGAAUAUAACAACGACGGAAUUGUAGUGGCAGGUGGAAAUAAACAAGGAACUCAACUUAGUCAACUCAAUAGUCCAGGUUUUAUCUUUGUUGAUGAAGAUCAAUCGGUUUACGUAUCAGAUUGGAACAAUCAUCGUGUGAUGAAAUGGAGAAAAGAUGCAAAAGAAGGAAGAAUCGUAGCGGGAGGAAAUGGUCAAGGUAGAAAUCGAAAUCAACUACAUCAUCCUCAAGGAGUAACUGUUGAUGCUUUUGGUCGAAUCUAUGUGGCGGAUUUUGGAAAUGAUCGAGUAAUGCGUUGGUGUGAAGGAAAAGAAGAAGGUGAAAUUGUUGUUGAUGAAAAUAGUAAAGGAAAUCAAUUGAAUUAUCCCCGUGGUUUAUCUUUUGAUAAUGAAGGAAAUCUUUAUGUUGCUGAUUGUGACAAUAAUCGAAUUCAAAAAUUUGAAAUAAUUUAA